AUGGCAAAACAUCAACUUUUACUUCUUUUUGCCUCUUUAACGUACUCUUUGAGUGUUUCCGGCUCGAACUACGCAAAGAUCGGAGGGAUAUUCUGCAACGAAGAAAACUCUAAAGAACUAUUAGCUUUUAAUCUUGGAGUGGAGUAUGUCAACAACGAUACGACAUUGCUUCCGAGCACUGUUCUCGUUCCUUUGGUGAAUCAAACUGAUUGGAGUAACAGUUUUUCCAAUGUGGAUGCAACUUAUUGGCAGAUUCAGAGUGGUGCGGUUGCAAUUGUCGGACCAAUCACUUCGUCUACAAUUAAAGUCACCCAGCCACUAUGCACUGGUUUUCACAUCCCGCAAUUAGCUCCCUACGCAACGGAUCCUAUAUUCGACUUCUCUCCCCACUCGUACGGAUAUCUAUUACGCAUGAGUAGCAGUGAUGCAAUUGAAAAUCGUGCUAUGGUCGACUUUGUGUCACAUUUCAAGUGGACAAACCUAGCAGUGUUAACAUCCCGGAGUGAUUUUGGACUUAACGGUUUAGUUAUGUUCAAAGACAUUGCCUCUCACAAGGGAUGGACCUUUCUAGCCGUGGAAAGUUUCCAAGAGUUUAGUAACGCGUCAAAGGUAAACGCGACGAAACAACUUCUGCACAUAAGAAGUCGAGGUGCUAGGAUCGUUUUGGUAAACUGCAUCGCCAGCAACGUUCGCACAAUUCUAAAACAAGCCAGUGAUCUUGGAAUGAUUGAUGGAUGGGUGUGGCUUGUCACAAAUGGAGCAUUUGCCCUUGAUGGACUUUAUGACAAUGGGCAACCCAUACCGAGGUAUCUUCAAGGUAUUGUAGGCAUCAGGAAUUCGUUCGGGGGAAGCAAAGAAUACGAAAAGUUUAAAAGCAUGUGGGAAGGAAAAGGAUACGAAAAAGCACCUCUUGAAAGAGAUUCGACUGUGGGACAUGUCUUUGACUCAGUCUUGGUUUUGGCAAAGGCAAUUCACAACAUGGUCGAAGACGGUCACAAUGUAACAAGCACAAAGGGCUUGAAGUUUGGUGCAGACAAAGGCGAGGGAUCCUCAUUCAGUGAAAUUGGAGCCACUCUUUUAGAUUACAUCACAAAGGUCAAUACUUCUGGUGUCAUAGAUCGCAAGCUCUUUGGCACUAACCGCUCUCCAUCCGAAGCAAGAUUUGACAUCGUCAACAUGCGCUCGUAUGGUUUUGAGACAGUUGCUCGAUGGGACUCAAUUAAUGGGCUGGUAAUGGACACAAAAAAGGAGAUAAUAUGGUCGUCUGGGAAAACGAUCGCUCCUGUGGACACCUCCGUAUCUUUGGAAAAUCGGACCAUAACAGUUGUCACCAUUGAAGAAAAACCUUUUAUCGUGCGAAGGUCGUCCACAUACACAGGAAAACCCCAAUUACAAGGUUAUUGCAUGGAACUACUGGAAGAACUAAAAAAAAUUUUAAAAUUUUCGUACGAAAUAUACCUGGUGCCAGACAAUAGCUACGGUUCACAGGACCCAAUCUCUAAAGAAUGGAAUGGAAUGGUUAAGGAGCUGAUCGAGGGAAGAGCUGAUAUGGCUGUGGCUGCGUUUACAGUUAGCUCAGAAAGACAAAAAGUCAUCGAUUUUACCCAGCCUUUUAUUGAUCUAGGACUGACGGCCCUUGUUAAAACUGUCAUUGACAAAGUUGAGUAUUAUACGUUUUUCAAACCUUUUCAUCUUCAUUUGUGGUUGGUGAUACUCGCUGCCACAUUGACAAUUGGCUUUCUAAUUUGGCUUUUUAGUACUGUUAGUCCCUAUGGAUUUUAUGGUAGAUGCCUUAACGUAGCCAAUCGUAAAAUACCAAAGGAGUACGAGAAGCAAAAACACAAUCUUUGCCUAACUAAUGCAUUAUGGACAUCUGCAAUGUACUAUGUCGGCAAAACCUCUGACAGUUUGCACCCAGUUUCGGCUUCUGGAAGGACCGUUGUCACAGUUUGGUGGUUUGCAAUUGGGAUCCUUCUCUCGGCGUAUACAGCAAAUCUAGCCGCGUUUCUCACUUUAAAAAGGUUUAGUUCUCCAAUAAGCAGCAUGGAAGACCUUGCAGGCCAGGAAUCUAUUUCGUAUGGUACCGUUAGUAACAGCCAGCCACAGGCGUUCUUUGAGUCAUCUCCUAUUCCCGUAUUCGUGACUAUGUGGCAGUAUAUGAAGUACCAUCAUACCCUCGUCGCCAGCAGUGAUGAAGGAAUAAGUAGGGUGAAGAGAGGUAAUUUCGCCUUCAUUUGGGACUCUAUCGUCUUGGAGCAUUCAGUGCACUCUGCUGAGCCUUGUGGGUCUCUAACAACCAUCGGUAAGCUGUUUGGCAAGAUUGGUUACGGUAUUGGCCUGCCUAAGGGCUCUAAAUACACAAAGCAGUUAAGCCAAGUAAUCUUACAACUGCGCCAGGAUGGCUUCAUGGACAACCUUGAACAAAAGUGGUUGCAUACUCAUGAGGACUGCUUCACAGCUCAGGAAUACCUUAGCAGUGAUAGCGGCAUACAAUUGGGAUUGAAUGACAUGGCGGGAGUCUUCAUAAUUCUUGGCGCUGGUGUUCUAGUAAGUCUUAUUGUGCUUGUCUUUGAGUGGGUUUUGGCAUCGCACUUGACAAAAAACGAAAAUGAUCCGAACGCACCUCACACGCUGUGGGAGGCACUAAAGACGCGAAGGCGCAGCACAAUGGAAGACUUUAGACUUCGAGAUGAUCUCCCUAGAAUUUCAUGGUCUAUUGGUAGCCAAAUGAGGACCAGAAUGAGUCAAAUCGAAACAUUUAUCGCGGGAUUUUCCGCAGGGCGUGGCAGAGGAAAAGGAAAAGUGAGUCCGGAAAAAGAUUUCUUGGAGGUUAGGUCGGUAGAGGACAAAUCUGAAAGUGUAGAAAGCUGCAAUGAAAGUAUUAUAAUCCAAGAAGUGUAA